CACAGUGGCUUACAGACAACAAGGAAUAAUAAUAACGCCAACUUAAGCCUGGCUGUGAAGGAAAAAACAACGAGCUCGACAGAGAAGAAAGAAAUUCCUGUAAAUAAUCCAGAUCAUCGGAAGAGACCCAGGGAGGUGUGGCGGUGGAGUGCGAGGCUUCGAGGGCUGGGAGUCGGGCAAAGUGCGCGCAGAAGGCAGCGGUGUGUGUGUGUGGAUACGAGAGGAGCGCUCGGCGACUGCUCAGGAUGGAGGUGUGGAGCGAUCAGGGUGACUCCGACUCUGCACACGGCUUGGAGUGAAACCAUGAACAUCUGUCACAGUUAAAGAAGAGGAUUUGAGCAGUGGAACGCGUUUGAUGUCGGUUUUUCACCCUCUAUUAUUUUUUUCUGAUCAAGAGCACAAGUGAGGCUUUGGGUUCUCAGUGAAAUUCCCAUUUUAAAGUUUUCAGGAACUGUUCAUCUUUUCUCUUUUUUUUCUUGAAACGGACAGAGCCGCAUCAGUAAGAUCAUUACUCCUCUUUAAUAUUAGUCUCGUGCCUGUAACUGAACUCGCACUUGUGCACUUUGCUUAGUUAUUCUUCAUCAUCAUCAUCUGUGCAUGACAACAAAGUGAACUACACGUUUGUGGGUUAAAUGUCUCCUUCUGGACAUCUUUGAACGUUUGCUUUGGACUUUGUGUAGCCUGUAACAGCGCCCCUCGCCUCGCCUCGCCUUUCCUCGCCGCCUAUCAGGAUUAAAGCUGCAAGGUUAAACCCCCAAGGGACGAGGCCAUCCAUCUGCCCUUUGGACUCACUAACUCUGUAGGGUGCAACACACGGAUCCUUAGAAGCUCUUGCUAUUUUUAGGGGUAGUAAUGGGGUAAUUUGUGUUGGAAAUGAAGACAACCACCCCCUUACCCCCAUCUUGAGCACACCAGCACUCCCAGCUUCAGCUGCUUUGAUAUCCGGACUGGAAAACUGACCAGCGUCAAAAACUGGUCUUUGACUGGUUUCCUCAGUACGCGAGGACGGAGAUAAAACUAGCUACAAUGCAAGCAAAGCUAACUUUAGUAACCAAAUAAUUUCACCCCUAACCAUCAGAGAAAUAUAUAUAUAUAUACAAAGAUAGAAACAAAUAUAGAUAGAUAUAUAGCCUAUAUAUGUAACAGAGUAUAUAUAUACGUAUAUAUAUAUAUAUACACAUGAAUGAUAUAAAUAUAUAUAUAUAUAUAUAUAUAUAUAUAUAUAUAUAUUGCAGAGUCGUAGUUUGAAUAUGAAUAUGUAUGUUAUAUUUUUUAUGAGCAUCGUUGCCUAAAAGCCCAAUCCAUUGCCUUAGAUUUACCGUAAUAAACAGAAAAGCACGAACAGAGCACGGAAACAGCGUCGAGAGAAUCGAAUGGUGCCUUUUUUUUCGUUCAUCUGUGUCGUCACUUCAGGAAAUCGCUAGCGAUCAAGGAAUACUUCUGUCAUCGCUGACUUUAAUUUCGAAUCCAAGCCCUGACGGAUUUACACACAUACACACAGCACACACAAAUACACACACGUUCGUCUGAGCACGUGGAUGGGAUUAUUUUGACGACACCCCCCCACCAAGCGCAAAGUUAUAUUUUCUUUACUACUAAAACAAACAGUCCUGAUUGAUGUAAUUCUCCGAGGGAGCUUCACACUAAAGCCUUUCCGAUGGUGAUCACUUCAUCUGUGGAGGAGAAGCCGCAGCCUUCGAACAGAAUGGUCGCCAACCUGUCGACCGACUCCUGGGUCGGCAGCUCGGAUCAGAGUCGCUACGUGCCGCAGUCUCACCUGCUCCGGAAGCCGUCGAAAAGUUCAGGAUGUAUGCCCCCCUCCUCAUCCCUGUGUUUCUCCCCCGCUGAGCGAAACAUGUCGAGCCAGCACACUCAUCCUGGAUUAAGCAACAUCCAGUCCAUGGCAGAACAGCAGCAGGUGCUGUCUGAUAUGACCAUUCUGCAGAGGAGGAUUCCCCCGAGUUUCAGAGACCCCGCGAGUGCACCGCUCAGAAAACUCUCCGUCGAUCUCAUCAAGACUUACAAGCACAUCAAUGAGGUGUACUACACUAAAAAGAAGCGACGUGCGCAGCAGGUUCCGCCUGAGGACUCGAGUACCAAGAAAGAGCGGAAAGUUUACAACGAUGGCUACGACGACGACAACUACGACUACAUCGUGAAGAACGGGGAGAAGUGGCUCGACCGCUACGAAAUCGACUCGCUCAUCGGCAAGGGCUCCUUCGGACAGGUGGUGAAGGCAUAUGAUCACCACGAGCAGGAGUGGGUGGCUAUCAAGAUCAUCAAGAAUAAGAAAGCCUUCCUGAACCAGGCGCAGAUCGAGCUCCGGCUCCUCGAGCUCAUGAACAAACACGACACCGAGAUGAAGUACUAUAUAGUCCACCUGAAGCGGCACUUCAUGUUCCGUAAUCACCUGUGUUUGGUGUUCGAGCUGCUCUCCUAUAACCUGUACGAUCUGCUGCGUAACACUAAUUUUCGUGGCGUGUCGCUCAACCUGACGAGGAAGUUCGCUCAGCAGCUGUGCACGGCGCUGCUCUUCCUGGCCACGCCCGAACUCAGCAUCAUCCACUGCGACCUGAAGCCAGAGAACAUCCUGCUGUGUAACCCCAAACGCAGCGCCAUCAAAAUCGUCGACUUCGGCAGCUCCUGUCAGCUCGGGCAGAGGAUCUACCAGUACAUACAGAGUCGGUUCUACCGUUCUCCGGAGGUGUUGCUAGGAAUGCCGUAUGAUCUGGCCAUCGACAUGUGGAGUCUCGGCUGCAUCCUGGUGGAGAUGCACACGGGGGAGCCAUUGUUCAGCGGCUCUAAUGAGGUGGAUCAGAUGAAUAAGAUAGUCGAGGUGCUGGGCGUUCCUCCGAACCACAUGCUGGAUCAGGCACCUAAAGCCCGCAAAUACUUCGAUAAGCUCUCAGACGGCCUGUGGACCGUCAAGAAGAACAAGGACAUAAAGAAGGUACUUUAUCCUUCAGCCUCCGAGUACAAGCCUCCUGCAACGCGGCGUCUCCAUGAGAUUUUAGGGGUGGAGACCGGGGGUCCUGGGGGAAGGCGGGCUGGGGAGCAAGGCCACGCCCCUUGCGAUUACCUAAAGUUUAAGGACCUGAUCCUGCGCAUGCUGGACUACGAUCCCAAAACGCGCAUCACGCCCUUCUACGCCCUGCAGCACAACUUCUUCAAAAAGACCACAGACGAGGGAACAAACACCAGCAGCUCCACCUCCACCAGCCCGGCCAUGGACCACAGCCACUCCACCUCCACCACCAGCUCCGUGUCCAGCUCUGGUGGAUCCAGCGGUUCUUCCAAUGACAACCGAAACUAUCGGUACAGCAACCGAUACUACAACAGCGCCAUCACACACACGGACUACGAGAUGCAGAGCCCGCAGGCUCCGUCUCAGCAGCAGUUGCGUAUCUGGCCGGGCAGUGACAGCAGCGACUCGUCGUACCCGCAGCUCCUGCUGCACAAACCUGCCGCCACGCAGCAGCGCCACUUCCUGGGCGGAGCGGCCAUGAUGGAGACGCUGCACCCGCACCCCGUCUACGGCCGCCAGCUCCGCCAGCAGGUCCCGGCCCAGGGUCAAGGGUCGCAAGUUCAAGGCUCGCAAGGCCAAGGCUCGCAAGGUCAGGCGAUGAUGUCGUCGCCGCCGCCGUCAUCGCAAGUGCAGGACAGCAUCGAGCUGACUCUCGGCGGCCACCAUCAGCAUCACCACCAUCACCAAUUGGGUCAGUCUUCCUUGGCUCCGCCCCUUUCUCUUCCUCCGUCGAGCCUGGACUCCAGCCAGUACGGCUCCUCCAACCUCCACCUGGGAAUCUCCGCCUUUCGGACUAGAACGGCCUCUCAGACGCAGCAGAUCGCACAAGCCCCGCCCACUCAGGACAGCAUGGGCUACGUCCCGCCCUGUUACCCCGGAAACAACAAUAACAACCCACCACAGGGAGGCGGGGUAAUCACCGGCGCACCGCCCAGAGGCGGGGUUAGACCCGAUUCGUCGGAGGAUUCCAUCAUGAUGGGAGGCGGGGGGGGCGGAGGCGGGCAGAGCGCGGCCAACUCUUGAUAAAUCUUGAACAAAUUACGCAAAGCCAUACACGAAAAAAUUGAAAAAACAAAAAAAUUUUAACCUAAAUGAUUUAAAAAACAAAACACAGACAUGUAGUACACACACACACACACAAACAUGUACACACACACUCAAAAAACACCACACGGAGAAAAAAACUUGUGAAAAUUUUAAUUUUGUUUGUUUUUGUUUUGCAUGGGGAGGAGACGAGGGAGAAGGAGGUAAAAUUUUUAGUUUUUUGGUUUUGAAUGAAGUGAGCGGAGGGUUAGGUUACGCCAUCAGAGAGCUUCAGAAGGUGUGAUUUUAUUAUUAUUGUUAUUAUUAUUAUUGGAUUUUAUGUGAUUUGAGGAUAGUUUUGCAGCGAGAGAUUUAUUAUUUUUGUUGAAACCUUUGUUGUGUUGUUUUGUUUCCGAGGCACGGAACGAUGAUGAGGGUCGGAUCGGAGCGAUGAAUGUUAGAGAGAAGCAGCGAGAGAAACCGUGUGCGUGCGUUAGAAAGAGAGAGAGAGAGA